UUGGCUUUGCCGGUUUGACCACAAAUGCGUCGCCAAAAGUCUCUUGAAAGUUUUGAAAACCUGAAACGAUACUAGGAGCAGGCGUUGACCCAGAACCUCUGCCAUGGUUUCCAUCUCCAUUCAAUCACCCACUUUCUCAAAGUCCACAUUUUUAUCUCCCGCCACCCGGAAGACCCGACAUGUAGCUUCUCCAUCACUUCGUGUCACUGCUUCUCGCAGCUCUUUCGAUGUUGUUGUUGUUGGUGGUGGGAUCAUCGGGUUGACCAUAGCCCGCCAGCUACUUAAUGGGUCGGAUCUAUCCGUUGCCGUUGUCGAUAAGGCCGUCCCUUGCUCCGGCGCCACCGGUGCCGGACAGGGGUAUAUAUGGAUGACGCACAAGAAACCAGGCAGUGAUAUAUGGGACUUGGCCAUGAGAAGCCAUCAACUCUGGCAUAACCUUGCUCAGAGCUUAUACGAUCAAGGCCUUGAUCCUCAAGAGAUGCUCGGUUGGAAAAAGACAGGAAGCUUGCUCAUUGGAAAGACUUCUCAGGAAUGUGUUGCCCUGAAACGAAAGGUUCAUGAGCUAUCUGAAGCUGGGUUGAGAGCUGAAUAUUUGUCUGGCCCUGAUUUGUUUCUAAAGGAGCCUGCGGUCCUUGUGGAUGAUGAUACUGGGGCUGCAUUUCUUCCCGAUGAUUCGCAGUUGGAUGCCCAUCGUGCUGUUUCUUAUAUCGAGAAGGGUAACAGAGCGUUUGCAACAGAAGGAAGAUAUGCAGAGUUCUAUCAUGAACCGGUUACAGGUUUAAUAAGGUCUGAUGGGAGUAGCAAGGAGGUUGCAGGUGUUCAGACUUUGAAACGCAAUUUGUAUGGUACGAAGGCUACUAUAGUAGCUGCUGGUUGCUGGAGUGGAUCUCUGAUGCAUGAACUGCUUAAAGACUGCAACAUUUCGGUGGAAGUUCCUGUGAAGCCAAGAAAGGGGCAUCUGCUUGUGGUAGAGAAUUUUGAUUCGCUCCAUUUAAACCAUGGAAUAAUGGAGGCUGGUUACGUGGAUCAUCAAAGUGCUUCAGCUCCAGGUUUGGAUGUCGAGGAACGGAUGCUAUCUAUUUCCAUGACAGCCACAAUGGACACAACUGGAAACCUUAUUCUCGGGAGCAGCCGUGAGUUUGUAGGGUUCGAUACUGAAGCUGAUGAGACUAUCAUCCGCUGCAUAUGGGAGCGUGCAGCAGAGUUCUUGCCCAAGUUGCGUGAUUUAUCCCUUGAAGAUUUUGUCCGUAACAGGAAAGUGAGAGUUGGGUUGCGCCCUUACAUGCCUGAUGGGAAGCCAAUGAUAGGAUCCGUGCCCGGAUUACAAAACCUGUACUUGGCAGCUGGACAUGAAGGAGGUGGACUUUCCAUGGCUCUGGGAACAGCGGAAAUGGUAUCGGACAUGGUAUUGGGGAAACCAUCUCAGGUUGAUAUUUCAGCGUUUGGGGUUAUUAAAGAACUCUGUUUCUGAGAAAAAUCCCAAAUUGCUCUUGUAUUGGGAAAAUCUUCGCAGGUAGAUAUUUCAAUUUUCAACGUUUUGGUUUUGACUACAAAUUAAUUUUGAGAGUAGUACAGAACAAAAAAAAAAUUCUCCAAUUCUCCAAUGAGACAUCAACGGAAGUUUUGUGUUUGUUUGUUCUUUUGUUGUGAACAAUAUACCUGAGCGAAAUUUAAAUAUUGUAUUCUACUAA